AUGCAAAGAAUUUUCGCUCUGGGGGUAGAUGAAGAUCAGAUCCCGGGGAUAUGGGAACUCCGUCAUCCCUCUCCGACUCUUUGGGUACAGAGCCCCCAUAACGUAUUGGACUUGUUCCUCACCCACUCUUCCAGGCUCAUAUACUGCACAGGGACGAAGGUAGAGAUUCUUGCUGUGGAAGGGAAGGAUCCCAAUGAGGCCCCUUACGGAUGGGACGAGGUACUACACGUCCCCUGUCCGUUCUUCAUCAAACGGACAUCAGGAGUUGUCAUCGGCGAUUCCCUCGUCCUCCUUGGAGGAGAGAAAAAUCCCCAGGAAGCAUGUCAACUGGACUUCCGUACUGAGACAUGGACGACUCUCUCCCCGAUGAGAGAAAAGAGAAUAACGGCAGCUUCGGUGGCGUUGGAUCCCCACACCCUUCUCGUCUUGGGGGGGAGUGACCUCGACAAGACAUUCUCCUGUUGCGAGAGUUUGGACGUGAGAACGGGGCAGUGGUCUCCCUCAUUCGAAACCCUCCCCGUUCCUCUCUCGGGUCACGCCGUCACCGUGUAUGAUGACCAUGUAUAUAACUCGGGGGGAUGGGACGGAAAUAAGUCCAGAGGUGAGGUGUGGAGGAGCAAAGUUAAUGGGUUAGGGCCAUGGGAGGCAUUAUCAUCCUUAAAUAUUGAGAGACACAAUCAUGGAAUGAUGGGAGAUAGCGUAGGAGGACUCUCUGUUGUUGGCGGAAGACAACAAACGAGUUUCGGAAGUACAGAAAUCGUUGCGACGGAGACACUUUCCCUGGAUGGAGGGCAAGGAUGGGCAACAAACGUGAAACUUCCCUUCAAGAAAGUGUGGCAAGCGACGGACAUGAAGUGA